GGUUCUCCUGUUUUUCAAAUUUCAGGGUCUAACAGUUCACUAGAUGACUAGUCCAUUAAUUUACUAGUCAGGUAGUAGGCUGCUAGGUAGUCUAUCUAUGAUCUAAAUUUGAGGGGAAACAGAAUGUAUAUAUUGGCUUGAGACCUCAUCGUAUUUCUUUUCUAUAUCACACAAUCAUCCAGCUUCAACUCUACACACAAUCAGAACAAUCAACCAAACGCUCAAUAACAACAACUACUACAAACCCUCCAAUACCAUCAAACAACUCAGAACUCCAAAGUCAUAGUUUCCAACUUCAAAUUAUCUAUUUUCACUCAAAAUGUCUUCCUCAACAGCCUCAUUUCCUUCCAACGGAUACAUCUCCCACGAAGAACAUGAAAGUUCUCCAGACACACACUCUCUGUUUGACUACGCCAGAUCCAUGCACGAGCACACCAGAAAACAAAUGGAAGCUGCCGACAAAUCCGCACGCCGAAGAAGUGCCAACUCUAUGGGUUCAAACUCACACGCUACUUUGAGAACCGGUCACGAAGCCAGCACUUCCAUGGAUAGCAGCAGCAGCAGUUCAUCUGGUUCGCGAUAAAGAGUUUCUUAUCCAAGAACAACAAUUCAACUUCGCAUGGAGGGAGAAGAGAUCUCGAGCCAUUGUUCUACCGGAAGAGCAAUGUUUUGAGAUGAGUCAGGUGCAAGACUUUCUCAAAGUGCACACAAUAUUUUACGGCACCCGAAACGAUUUUUCUCUGGUGUUAGUAACUGUACAUACAUAACGUACACGAGAAUACUCCUACAAGAUAGGCAUGGAACGGAUUUGGGAAAAUAUCAUUAUUAUACGACAAUGAGGCGUUUUAAUACAUGGGAUUGUGGGAUAUAUCAUGUAUGAUUAGGAUCUAUUUGAGCGAGGGAGUUAGGAUGUGUGAUGGGCGGUUAUGGCGAUGUCUGAUAAAGACGAUGAAUUUUUUAGGAGAGAUGAUAUUGGAUGAUCUGCUAAGGAUUUACUUGUUGUCGACUGGUAAUAGGAAGACGGCCAAUGAACUAGUCGAUCAAUAUCAAUACUAUAUCUUCAUCA